AUGGGGCGAAUUCCCUAUCCCCUCCUCCAAACCUGGAAAUCCAUCAUCCAAUCCGCCCCCUCCCCCUUCCUCCUCUCCCUCCCAAAACUAGAACUCCACGUCCACCUAGAAGGAACCCUUUCCCCCACUCUCCGCUUCGCCCUCGCGCGCCGCAACCACAUCCCCCUCACAUCUGCCCGCCUAAACAAAACCUUUACUUCCGUCGAAGAACUCCAAGAAGCGUACCGGCUUCUAGAACCGCCGUCUGUCAAAGGCCCGGGCGUGUCGGCCUUCUUCGAGGCGUAUUAUGGCGGCAUGGAAUGUUUGAGAGAGGAGCGAGAUUUCUAUGAGCUGAGCAUGGAGUAUUUUACCCGCGCAAGCGGCAUGGGCGUGAGGUACUGCGAGGUUAUGUUUGAUCCGCAAGCUCACACACGCCGCGGGAUUUCCAUCCCCGUGCUCAUGUCGGGACUGCGUCGCGCGCAGCUCGAAGCUGAGGAAAAGCUAAAUGUCAAGGUCCAGUUCAUCAUGUGCAUCCUGCGCGAUGCUCCCCUCGCAUCAGCACUCCAGCACUACGAAACCACAGCCUUGCCCUACCGCCACAUGAUCGCAGGCAUCGGGCUCGACAGCAACGAAUUCCAGCACCCGCCGUCCAUCUUCGCGGCUCUCUUCGCGCGCGCCAAGCGCGAUGGUUUUAAAACGACUGCGCACAGUGACGUGGCGCAGCCGGAUGCUCAUGUGCAUCUGAAGCAGAUCUUGACGGAGCCGUUGCUGCUAGAUCGUGUGGAUCAUGGGCUGGAUGCUGCGUUGAGUCGGGAAUUGAUUGCGCUGAUUAAUGGGAGGGGGGAGGGGUUCGGGUUGACGAUCUGUCCGUGGGCUUAUGUGCGGCAUUGUACUGAGCAGGAGCUUUUUGGGGGUGUUAGGAAGUUGUGGGAUCAGGGGGUGAGGAUUAGUGUUAGUAGUGAUAGUCCUGCGUAUGUAGAGAGUAAUUAUGUGGUUGAAAAUCUGGCGUUGUUGAAGAUGAAAGGGGGUUUCAGUGAUGACGAGGCUGAAGCAGCAACUGUCUUACUUAAGAGUGUUAAUUUUGUGAACAAGAAGGGCAAGAGGGAGCACGUCGCAGCAAAAUCAUCAUAUCAAUUGGAGAUCGGCGCCAUAGUAUUCUUUUCAUUUUUCGGACCAAAUGACCUAGCUAAGACCUAUCCUAGACUGCAUCUUGCGACCAACGAACCCUAA